UCGCGGCGCGGAGCAAAACAUGCGGUUGUCAAACCAAAAUCAAUAAACUUCACGACUUCACGUUGUUUUGCGGAGAAUUUCCAGCAAAAAAUACGCAAAAUGAAGAUUCUAACGUACAAUUUUCUCACGUCCAAGUGCAUUCGCGGCGUAAAGGUUGGCUACCCGCUGAAAUUGAAUAUUGUGGAGAAAAAGGUAGUUUCGUCGGAUUUCAACUCGGAAUUCAUCACCCGGAUGAUCCCCCGAUUGGACUGGGGUGCCAUCAAGCAGGCGGCCAACAAUAUCGGUGCCGACCUGCCGGCCACCAUGCCCGACGACAUUGGCGCCGACUCGGAGACGCUCCAGAAGCUGCAUCACAUCUUGAUGGAGGUGGACGUGGUCGAGGGUACGCUCGAGUGCCCGGAAACGGGCCGGGUGUUCCCGAUCCAGGACGGCAUCCCGAACAUGCUGCUGAACGAGGACGAAGUUUGAAGGAGAUUUCGGCACGGAAUUAAGACAAAUUUAACAAAGAAAAGGUGAACACUUUAUUUUGCAUUUUGUGAAAUUUGCAUUACGGGACAGUUACUGAUCUAAUAUUUGUUGUAAGUUACAUAAGUCAUUAAAUAUAACAAAAAUCAACUGAAAAAAA